CGGCGUUUAGUUUUCUUUAUGCAGUGAAACGUUCCUGAUGCUACCCCGAACGUGUAUAACUCUUUUGCUUUUGUCGCUGCUGUCGGCGGCUGCCUCAGUCGGUGAUGGCACCUCUGGUGUCGCCGGCAAGGCGAAACCUCCACCAGCCGGAGCCGUCAGUAGCUUCCCGGGACAGAAGAGGCGCCCACCUGACAGGAAACUUCCAGCCAGCGCACAAGGUCAGGGAACGCAGACCCGCCGACCGACACGGAAGCCAGCGAAACAGCGGCCUGCCAGAAGACCGCAGCGCAGACCUCUCCAGCAGACACAGGGCAACACGCAGGACGCGAACGGCAACCAGGCGGGAGCAGCUUCGUCCGACCCCUGGCAGACUCCUUCCUACGUCGUUUGCUAUCUGUACCCUGCAUCCCCAGUCUACCAGGAUAUCAGUCCAAAUCAACCAUUCGCCGCCACCAACAACGGAGUUAUGUAUCUGCCUUACAUUGGUUACAAAAUCUCAGCACCGACGAAUGCGGGAAGCGGCGCGUCUGCCGAUUCGGUGAAUAAGAUGUUUGUGCCGCAAAUGGGGUACCCUAGCCCACUUUAUCCAUCGAGGCUACUAUGUCCGCUUCACCAAUCUGUGAGCGCGUACGAUACAGUUUCACCACUGUCAGUUACACAAUAUGUUGACAAUGAUUCAGACAACAUGCCGGCCACUAAUGAUCCUAAUAUAUUUGUUGUGGAUACAGAUGCUGGAAUGUUCAAUUAUCCUUACGAUGGGGAAUCUCCAAUACCCUACGACAAUGUCUAUGGACCAUCUGGGCUUGCACCAGAGAGUAUGUACCCAAAUGGUGGCUAUGGGGCACCUCAAGCAUUUGGUUACCCACCUCAAUUUCCCUUUCGAGCAAAUUUAUGAUCAAAUAUUUUUCAGAUGACCGUCAACAGCAUCAAAAUACUUGGAGAAAUGCAGGACACACACUAUGCUGUCUUACAGUACAUUUAUUCACAACCAGUUUCGAUCAUGGACCGUCUUCACUGUGGAAAAACAUCUACUGCGACAACUUCACAUGGCAUAAAUGCUAUUGAACCACGAAAGUGUAUGCCGUUGCUGACGUGAAAACUUAAGAAAACUCAUGCUUGACUCCGUAAUACAGGCUUAACCAAGCAGAAAACAGCGUUGAAAACACGGAAACAAUGUAAGAGAGUAAGUCCACAGUAGGUUGUGCCUGAGCAAUGGCGCCGAUCACUGACUGCUCUUACAUGUUUUGAUGUUUUCAACACUGUUUUCUGCUUGCCUAAGCCUGUAUUAGGGCAUUAAGUAUUAACUUUCUUACGUUUUCAAAUCAGCAAUGGUGUAUACAUUGCUGGUUAAACAGCAUGUAUACCAUGUGAAGUUGUCACAGUAGAUAUUUUUCCACUGUGUAUGAUCAAAACCGGUAGUGAAUAAAUGUAUUGUAAGGCAGCACAGUCUGUAUCACGCAUUUCUCCAAGUAAUUGCUGACGCUGCACGCACUCGUUAUGGACACAAUCAUAGGUGGACACACAUAAGACAGAAUCUUCAAAACCAUCAAGAAACAUUUACAAUAAGGUGUAAUUAUAUAAUGCUGUAUUUCACCAUUUAGCAGUUAUCUAACUUCACCUCUUCGGCCACUAUCAAGCUACCUAACAAUAAAAGUUUAUUUUCGUACAGCUUGUUAUAUCCUACGUAUCAGUGUGGGGGAAACCAACAUGUGACGGCGUCUCCAAUAAGAGUCUCAACAGCCAUAGUGCAGUUGGGCAAAGCUACCCCAGAUGUGAAGUCCAAAUACAAGAUGGAAAAAGUGCAGCCCUUUUGCGGAUUUUGUUACUUUACCACCACAUGUUACUCCCCCUCAACACUGAUGUAGGGAAAAUAACAAGCUGUACGAAAAUCGAUUUUUAUUGUGAGUCGGGUGAUAACGCCCAAGAAGUAGAAAUUAGCAGAUUACUUCACAAUCACAUAAAACGUUGGUUGCAAAAUAAAAGACAGAAAAUGUUUUCAUUUAAGAAAUUUACAGCGGCUAUAAAAAAGACCAUUGAUAUGAUUCGUUUUUCGGAACGUUUGCACAGAGUAUGUCGUGAGAUGUAUCUGAUUAUUCGGAAAGGCUUAAAAAAUUUUAACUACGCUCAAAUGCCUUCUCAAAAUGGUAGCGAGUCUUUCACACAAGUAUAGGACGUACAUUUUUUUCGUUUAAUGUGGCAUGUAAAAUCCAGUUUAAUGUAAACAAACUGGGAGAACAUCGCCGUGCUUUAUUUCUACUCAGCUGCACAGCACAAUACUUCUGUUGGUGAUUAUUCUUAGCUUUUCCAAGCAUCAGCUCUCUUUGUGAUAAACUAACCGCAACGAACAUUAGGACGAAAAAAUUGUAACGUUUCAAGAAAUUCCUCUACUGUGAAUUUUUUGAUAAGGGUAUUUACAAACACAUAUAUUUCAGAAUCAUUUCGUGGGCGUUCACAACCUCAAUAUGUUUUAAGAACGAAAACGCAUCUAUUUAUUGUCGGUACUAUUAGCUAAUUUCGACCGUUGGACAUUUUCAAGCGCCUGAAAUACAUCCACAAAAAGUUGACUUUGGCUUCACAUUACAAUUGUAUGUGUGGUGUCUGUUCUUUCGGAUAUGUUCGCAAGCACAGGCUGCGCAUAGUCACGAUUCCGCGCCAGUUUUUUUACAUGCUGUAAGAGAAAUACCGACGUCAGCCGCAUUAGGGUACUGCGUGGCGACAAGUGAUCAUUUGUGUCAGAACGGCAUUAGAACCCAGAUUUCGCGCUUUAUGCUAACACCUUGGCUAUCCGAGUACGUUUCACGUACAACCCAAAUUCCCAACUCGUCACACACUGUUUCUGUAGCGGCCCUCUGGCCAUUUUCAUCAUUGCUCGCAGCAUCAAGCAUUAUUUCUGUGGGAGGUACAUCAACACUGAAGAUAUCAUGAAGUACCGUCAAAGCUUCAUUAUGUGUGUGGUAUCAGUUCUUUCCCUACCUUUCUUCAUAUACACAAUGACACAUGGGGCUGUAAAUGUCGAGAAAUAACCCAAAGUGGAUGACAAACGUUGAACAUGUGACGAUACACCGUUGCACUUGUAGUGUCUGGGCUUGUCGAUCCUGCCAUCGCCGGUAGGAGCAGUGCUACACAUCGCACACUGCGCGAGGCAAUACUUGCAUUCAAGCAAACGGUACAAAGUCCAAACAUCUUUUGUAAAAGUGAUCUUUUGUAAGGGUAGAGUCACAGAAUUACUAUUUCUCAUGUCACCAAGCAAAAGUUGUUCUUAUUUUGUGUUUCUUUCCUUUUCUCCCUUCUUUCCUUAUUUACAAACUUUAUUUAGUACAGAAAACUUAGGUCAUUUACUGGUAUCGACGCAAUUCGGAAGCUUGUACUGAUUUACUUGUGACGCAGUACGGUAAGUUUUGUUGUACUGUACUUUACAAUAAACUAGUGUAGACCGUGAAACCGAUAAAUAAAAUAAUGUUACCUCAAUGUGAACACAUAAUCGUCUGAAGCAAUGAAAAACAAAACUGCUUGCCAGACGCAAGGCACGAACCGAACCCGAGGCGCUGAAGUUGUACACGUAAACCCGGAGCCACAUGGACUUGAAAGCUUGACUUGGUUAAGGAAUAUAU